AUGGGUUGGCUCUGGGCUUCGCCGUCUCCUCCCAAGUCUCCGGCUCCGGGACAAGCUUCACAAGCUCCGGCAUCGACCCCGCCACCAUCGACCAAGUCGACAGAACCCGAGAUCGAUCCCGAGAUUACAAAGUUCCUUGCCCUGUUCCAAACCGACACAGACAACAAGCCAGAGGAACCAGCUCCGGCACCGGCGCAAGCACCCGCAGCGCCCUCCAAGUCAUCAUCACCAUCCUCCUCAUCAUGGUUCUCCCUCAAAUCCUCCCCGAACAUGCCGUCCCAAACCAACAACCGCACGACCGCACCGCCCUCUGACAACCCAGUUGCCGAAGCCACCCUGCCGACCGAGAUGUCUUGCCGUCAAGCCUUUGACAUGGCCUUCCACUGCCAGUCCGUCGGCGGCCAGUGGAACCACAUCUAUCGAUACGGCACGAUGCGUUCGUGCAGCGAACACUGGGAGGACUUUUGGUUCUGCAUGAGGAUCAAGGGAUACUCAGGCAAGAUGAAGGAAGAUGUAAUCAGAGACCACUACCGCCAGAAGGAAUAUGAGAAGUACGGGAACGGGAAGCCGAGCAGCGAGGACGUCUGGCAGGCGAGGACCACCAAGGUAUCGCCUGGCACCGCCUUUACUGAGAAGUUUGACGAGCCCACAUUGGACGAUGAGGAAUGGCAGAGGAUGGAAAUCGAGAGGCGGCGGCAGAUCAGGGAAGGUUUGGGAAUCAAAUCAGCGUGA